AUGGAUGGUAUAAUGAAUGCAUCACUUGUUACAGAAAAGAAUGUGGAAAACUCGCCUCUAGUUACUUCAACUGACACAACAACCAAUCCAAAAGUAACCAAACAUGAUAUCCGCCUUAAUAGUAAGUCCAUCUCAGUGAAUGAAACUAGCAUAGAUUUAAGAACUUCAUUGCAGGCCUGUCAAGACGAUGGCUUGGCUUUUUUAUUAAACUAUCAAUAUCAAGAAGUAAGAAGGCUGGGACAUAUAAAAAAGGAGAAAAAACUUAAAGGUCUCCUUGAAAUUCAUAGUCACCUUCUACUGAAGCCAGAUGUGGGCAAUGCUAAGCACAUUGGAUAUAUUGACUUUGACACUGCAUAUGAACUGUAUUGUGGACACCAAGAAAAUGCUGUUGAGAAAAAAGACUUUAGAGACAUUCUCCUGCACCCUGAUUAUGGUUUGCAUGUACAUAUUGUAAACUUUCUUGAGUACAACAGACGGUACAUAAUUUUAAAGACAAGUGAGCUGGAUGUCCCAAAUUUUGUUGCUGAGCUUCUUACCAUGGUUACAAGUGAGAAUGAGUAUGUGCAAGAAUACAGAGCUCGUUUUGAGAUAAAAACAAACAGCUUGAAGUGUAUUUUGAACUCGAUGGACUCGGAAUGGGAUAGAAAAUGUGCAAAACUUUUAAUUGCAGCAAACCGGUCAAGAACGGAAAUUGAAGAGCUUGGCAUUCAUCCUGAUUCUUUGGUGAAAAGUAUGCAAAAUGUAAAAGCUAUUACCGAGGAAAUAGAAAGAGCUAAGGUUGCUGCAGGUGACUGUGUUAUGUUACGUUUGCGAGAUAAGACAGAACAUCUGAAAUCUCAAAUAGAUGGAUAUACAUCGCUCAUUGAAAAGAAAAAUGGUGUUUGGAAAGAUCAUCUGAUAAGUGAAGUCAAGGAUAAAUUGGAUAUUGCAAAGGAGCAACUUGAUGACAAUGCAAAAUACAUUAAAUGUCUUGAGAACCCAGAUGAAGCUGACAAGUAUGUGAAGCAGAAAAUACAACAGAGAGUAAAACGCACAGCAGAAAAUCUGGUAGAGUCUCACAGGAUGAAAAAACGAAAACUGGGUGCUGGUCCUAAUCAACAACUUGAUUCUUCAGAUGAAGAGUUCAUAGCCAAAGCUAUUGAAGAUAAAGCCACUUACCAUGGCAGGAGGCAUAAUCCUGUGAUGUUCACAAAUAGACGCGUGAAGAAGGGAGAUCUACUGACAAUUGCUAAUUACAGGCUACUCCAGAAAGGCAAGAAGUUAAUAAAGUCUGCCACAACCCCUUGGAACAGAUCCCGUCCAAAAAACGUCAGAAGUCGUCAAGCAAAAUUGCAUAUUGGCAAAGGGUUAUUUUGCACAAAAAAGCCACCGAAAGCAGAAGAUUGUGAUAACGAAAACACUCAUCAUCAGCGAAGUCACUGUAAAAAUGUCCAACAAUUCCUGUCCUCUGACAAGUCGAAGCAGAAGUUCAGCUUUAUUAAAUCUAUGGACGAUAAGGCAUACAUACGACCUGGAACGUCAGAGGGACUUGAAAAGACUCGAAAUACCAAGAUUCUAACACUUAGCGGUGAAGGCGCAAGGCAGUUGCCGAAGUACGACUGGCCAGAGAAAGCAGUUUAUCAAACUCCCGCUGCACAUAGAAUAAUGGAAAAAGAGAGUAUAACUAUGGACGAUGGAUCUGAAAAGCUGAUAACCGUUAAUGAUAAUCACAUUGUUAUCGUACGCCCAAAGUCAUACGUGCCGUCAUCAGGAACAAUGUGGGCUAAUGAGACUCAUAGGUUAAGGUGUGUAUACCCAGAUAUGCACGAAGUUGAACCAGAAGAUGCCUUCGUCAAGUAUUCUGCAAAUUUUCGCCAGUUUUGUUCUUCGUUGUAUGGAGAUGUAUAUUUACUCGACGACAUGACUAUGGAAGAAGAUCUCAAGAAGAUGAGUGCAUCGGAACCAUGCCCUCACAAAGAAUAUGAGCUAAAACGUUUAACACAUUUUCUACACAGAGUUGAUAUCUGCUUUGAUGCAGUUGAGGUAACAAAGAAUGUGAUGAGUGAACAAGAAUGCGAAUUAAUCAAGAACAUUCAAAGCUCCAUGAUACCACUGAUUAACCAUUGCUCCAUAAUUGUAGAGGCGCUUAGGAAGGAUAACUGUCCAGAAAUCGGCAGUUUUAUGGAUAUGAAAUCACAAGCUGAUGAAAUUCUAAAGCACCUGGGUUCACUUAAGCUUCCGCAAGUCAAACCACGUUGGGCUGAGUUCACAGACGCUGGUCCAGGAGUGGGAGUUAACAAUGUUGAUGUUAAGGUUAGAAGUGCAGAGUUAGACAGGUUAUACAACCGCGAUUACCGUAUCCGAGUACACCGUUCAAGGGGUGAUAGUGGGCAGAAUGAGGCGGAGCGCACAAACUCUGCAAUUGGUGACGCUGUUGUUGAUGGAGCCAUUAUCAAAUGGGAACAUUACAAACGUUUUCAUGGAAUGACGAAAGAGGAGAUAGCUGAUUUGACCAUCGAAGAAUUUGAUGCACUCGAAGACCAAAGGAUGGAACGGAAUGCGUGGAGAAUCACACACCAACUUGCUGAAAGAAUUGACGGUGCGCCCGUGUUAUCAGAUUUCAUCAAUGGUAUAGCAUCGGAAAGUCCAGAUGAUAUGUUCUUCUUUAAUGACAACUAUCUGUCGCAAUAUACAAGUAAAUCGAAGUCUCUUCGAGCAACUGUGCCUGGUGCUUCUUAUUUUGAUAAGAUAUUCACGUUCAUUGAACUACACCUGCAGACAGGGGAACUGUAUACGGAAUUUCUAAAGGAGUCAUGCAAGAAAACACUGGGUACUUCAUGUGAGUAUUGUCUGAAAAAUCCAUGGAGCGGCCCAGUAAUGACCCGUAUACCAAGACCAUUUCCAAGCGCCGAUGAUCUUCCAGAGUUCCAUUACAAGAAUGUUCAUAGCACUCCACUCACAGACAGCAAGGGAAAUGAUCGUGGUCCAGAUGACUGGCAGCCAAGAGCUAACAUUAAGAAGUUAUUUGAGCAAAAGAAAUUGUCCCUCGAAGACAAUGAAGAAAUCAAGAAAUUUUCCCAGGCAUUUAUUGUUGACGAAAAAUAUGUCAGAUCCUAUUUAGAACAUCUAUCGUCAUUGGAAACCAUCUCCAAAAUCCGGGAAAAGCAACGCAAAGAUGCAAGGCAAGAACGAAAAAAGAAGGAGGUUUCUGAUUACAACUGGCAGGAACUUAUUGAGAAUGGCAAGCUGCCAUCACUUGUCGUUUCAGAACUUGAUAAGUAUUUGAUCCAUUAUAACCUUUCAAAGACAGGGAAGAAAAAGGACAAAAUCAGGCGCAUUACCGUUCACUACUACAAUCAGGAUAGAAGAGCUGUGCCUGAUGAUCAACCUGUAGCAGAUUUUGAUCAACAAUUUGGUUCUGAAGAUAGUGAAAAUGAAAGUGACAGUGAUGAAGACCUCGUUUUGUGUGACAGCAGCAGUGACAGUGACAGUGAUAGUAGUGAUUGCGAUGGCGAUGAGGAAGGUGGCUCUGCAGAGGUACUUACAUCUAGAAGUGGCCGAAAAACUACACAAAAUUCAAGAUUUGCUGAUUUCGUUCUUUAUUAGGUAGGUCUCAGGUGCCCCAUUUUUUUUUUUGGGGGGGGGGUCAUCUUUUAAAAUUAUAAUACGGAGGGGGGGCUAUCUGCAAUUUUCUUCAAUUAAGGGGGGGCUUUGACAAAAGUUUCACCUUUGACUGGAAAAUUACCCAGCCCCCCCCAUAGAUAAAUAAUGACUGGUCCC